AUGAGUUUCCACGAGGUGCUUGACAAUGCCACGCCCUCAAACUUCCCGAAUGGCGGGACACGCAGAGGAUCAGUCACUCAAAUGGGUAGUCCAGUGCUGUGGAGGAAACGUAGUGAUUCGUUAUCUUCCUCUAGCGAACACGAGUCUACGUCAUUUUUGAGCUCAGAUACGACCCGCGAUUAUGGGUCAGUAACUCAAGACUCGUACAUCCAAAGCAGAAGAGCGUCUCUGCUUUCGUCAAAGCUUAAUGUUCAUGGUUUCACUCCAAUAAAAGCCGACGAUGAUGGCACACUUCGUGAGGUGGAAACUACCAUGAAAAGUGAAACUGAGCUUCUAAUCAAAACCUCGAUUCCACUGAUCGCCACGUUUCUUCUGCAGUACUCAUUGACGGUUGCAUCUGUUUUCAGCGCCGGAAGCCUUGGUUCUCAGGAGCUGGCUGCCGUUUCGCUGUCCAAUUUGCUGGCCAACAUUUCGUCCUACGGUAUUAUUCAAGGAAUAGCCUCAUCCUUGUCGACUUUGUGUCCGCAAGCUUUUGGUAGGAGAGACUACGAGGCUGUUGGCUUGAACGCCCUGCGCUGCUAUAUGAUGCUAUGGGUAAUGUUUGUUCCCAUCUUCAUUUUCUGGUAUUGGGGUUCUUACCCUUUACUACGGGCAAUAGUCCCCGAUGACGAGCUGUGUAAGCUGGCAACCAGCUACCUGAGAAUACUGAUAUACGGUGUUCCCGGAUUCAUGACCUUCGAGGUGCUGAAGCAGUUUUUGCAAGCCCAGGGAGCAUUUCAAGCUUCAACGCUAGUCCUGGUGAUCUGUGCUCCCUUGAAUCUACUACUUAACUUUGUGUUAGUUCACGAUAGCCGUAUCGGACUAGGAUUCGUUGGAGCGCCCACUGCGGUGGUGAUCACAAACUGGUUAAUGGCCCUUAUGCUACUAUACUAUGCCUACUUCGUUCAAGGAAGACAAUGCUUUUGCCGUUUGUCGACAAAAGUGUUCACCAACUGGAAGAGAGCAAUCACCUUGGCUGCACCUAGCGUCCUCAUGAUUGAAGCUGAGUGGCUGGCUUUUGAGAUCCUUUCUGUCGCCUCGUCACGGUUUGGCACCGCCUCUCUGGCGGCCCAAUCAGUGGUUUCGACUACUUGCGUGACAAUUUACCAGAUUCCGUUUGCAAUCUCUGUUGCAGCGUCAACGAGAGUUGCAUGGUUCAUUGGAUCUGCUUCGAAGGAUGCCGCCAAGAAGGUCACGAGAGCCGCGUUUUUGGUCGCUGCCAUUUUUGGGGUCUUCAAUGCGUCUGUUUUGGCCACUUUCAGGUACAAUAUCGCAUCCCUAUUCUCGCAGGACCCGAAAGUUAUACAGCUAGCAGGACGAGUGCUCAUUAUUGGUGCCAUAUAUCAGGUGAACGAUGUUGUUUCUUGCGUGACCGCUGGUAUACUUAGAGGCCAAGGAAGACAGUACAUUGGAGGCUGGCUGAAUCUAUUCAGCUACUACUGUGUCGCCCUUCCUGUGGCAUUUUUGCUGGCUUUCAAAUUUAGGCUCGAGCUAUUUGGUCUCUGGAUCGGUAUGGUCAUCGCGUUAUUCUUCGUUUCUGUGUGUCAGAGCUACUUUGUGAUUACGAGUGACUGGGAAUCUAUAAUCAGAAUGUCCAUUGAGGAUGGGAUGGCCCACGAAUCUGGCAAUUCAUUGAAACCAGCAAAGAGCACCAGUAGCUUUGUGGACUAUAACAUGCUGAGUCCUGCGAUUUCGGUGACAAGUGGAUGA